CCGGACCAGUACAGUGGAAUUACAUCAUUGAUGCCAAGGAUACCCUGAAAUGCUGCGUACGACGUACUAUAUCUUUUUUUUUCUUUUGUUCACGCAUCCGGCCUGGGUCUUCCUACAAUUAUAGUAAUGAGCUAAUGACCUACUUUUACUUCCUAACUCUUUCUCAUUCUCUUCCUCUUUCUCUUCCUCUUCCUCUUCCUCUUCCUCUCCUCUCCUCCCUUUCUCUUCUCUUGCAGUACCUAAUCAACCAACCGAAAAGUCUCCUGUUGUGUCUUCACUACCCAGGUACAAACAAAGAACCGCUGAUUGAAAUCCUAUUACGGAGUACGGCUCACUCGGAAUCACCAGAUUCAAUCAUCACACCAUAUUUGGUUGAUAAUUAUCUUCAAAAUGGAGAGCUCAAGUGACAAGAAAUGGGUAUGCUGAAGGUUUCCAUUUAUAUCGUAUAUCGCGAUCCAAGACACCAAACUAUUCAUUUACAACCCCCAUAUUCUAAACUACAAAAGAAGCAAUACAAUGACCACUAACAACCGUGACUCCAUUCAGGCUCAACAGUAUCUAAUUGAUCCUCUUAAUGGUCCCGAACCUAGCGAAGAAACCGGUCCUGGGAGUCAUUUCAAAUCUUCCAUUCCACAAACCAAAUCUAGCAGUUUCGGCAGAAGCAGUUCAACUAAGAAAACACCCCAACCAGCCGUAACAUCCUACCCAACACCUCCCGCCUCAGCUAGUCCCACCAAAUCCUCCUUCAACUCUAGGAACCCCUAUGCAUCUCAUCGUCAAUCAGCAUUUGGCGGCUACUCUAAUUCUAACGGCGGAAGCCUACGCAAAAGUCUCGAUGAACCUAUCGGCGAUGGUAAUGGCAAAGGACGUCGUAGAGGUAGUUCACUAGGUGAACGUUACCCAGGAGACAUGUCACACAGACCUCUCGAUCAAUUGCGUCAGGAGACCAAAAUCGCAUACCGUUCUCCUCAUCUACGUAAGAAGCACAUUCCAGGUGCUGAUACUAUCGACUCUCUUGACCGUACCGCAAUUUGUGGUGCAUAUCAUCAUGAAGGACCAUAUGAUGCCACACUGAUGGCACGUAAUACGAGUUAUAAAAACUCACCAGUGGCAGCAGUUGAAGGAACAAAUGCGGAAGCUAUCAGAGCUACGCCAAGGGAGUUUAUCCAGGAUAGUUUGGAUAGACAUAUACCAUUGUCUGGCACGGCUAUUAUUCCUCCUGGAAUGCCUGGUCCAGACGGCAAGAUUAUGAAUUAUGAAGAGGGUGCUGAUUUGAUGAGGGAACCUGAUGCAGCUGGUGGUGCAUAUAAGAGAUGGGAUCAUGUGGUAUGUCUACUUCUUUCCUGAUGUCCUUUCUCCUUGUCACCCUGCACAUUUUCCAAUUGGAUUAUCAGACGAUAGUCCAUUUAUCCUGAUUCAUCUAAACCCCAUUACAAACCUCAAACAAUACAAAACCACACCAAUCCACCAAACUAAAACCAAACCCUAUCUAGAAAUACCUCCCCGAAGACUACAAAGGCAAAGGCGAACCCUCCUUCACCAUCGAAAAAGCCCUCAAAGAGCACAAAGCCUCUCAAAAAAAAUCCUCCCACCGCCGCAUCACCUCGGACGGAAACUCCGUCUACGAAAUGCAAUCCCGUCUCUCCACAUCCGCAAACUCAAAUCUCCGAGUCCCCCCAACCUAUCGCCAAAGAAGCGCAAGUGGAAGUAAUCUUUCAAGUGGCCCUAGCAGAGACAUGAAUAGUAGCACAACGAGCGGUCGAGCAAUGGCAACGGUAGAUUUCUCUAAUGAAGAAGGUGGUGGAAUGGGUAAUAGUAGACUUAGAAGUCAUAGUACGGGGAGAUCUCAUAAGAUGGGUGAGGGUCUGAAGCGGAGAUUUGGGAGUUUGAGGAGGAGUUUGAAGGGGGGUGAGUGAGAAUCAAUUUCUCCUGGACCGGAUGGGGCUUUUUUUUUCGUCGUGUUAAAAUGGUUGUGGUGGCUGUUUAAGAAGGGGGAAUUAUAAUGAUCUCGGUUCUUGAGGGAAGAAUAUGAAAUAUGAAAUAUGAAAUUGAACAUAUAUAUGAAUAAAGGAAAGUGAUAGAGUAUUGGUCUCUAUAUUCUUAAUAAAAAUUCUGAAACG